AUGGAAGAUGGCCAGAGUUCUGAUGAAAUAGCAACGCCUGGGAAAAUCUAUGCAGUACUCGCUACCAUAGAUAAUUCAGAGGCAUCCACGCGCAUAAUAUUGCGUAUACAAAAAUCCGAGAGGAACUUCCCAAUACAAUUCCUCGAAUUCCUCCUACCCAUUUCAUGCAUUUCAUCUCUGUUUACGAAGCUGACUCCAGGGUUCUCUUACCCCCCAGCGCCCCUGGGCACUCGCAAGCCCAACGGCACGGAGAGCAGCGAGGGGGCCCCGAGUGAGCCGGAGCAGGACCCCCUGGCCCAGAGCGCAACGCAGGAGGAGGAAGCCCAGAACCUCGGGAACCAAGUGACUGAGGAACCAGAGGAACCCGAACUCCCCGCGGAGCCCGAGCUUCCCCCCGACGUGCUUCACAAACAUGACGAGAACAUUGUGUUUAAGAUCCUCACACAGGAGUACGCGGACAGAGCGGUCGACCUCCUGUGCAACCACUUCUUCAAGGACGAGCCCUUAGGGAAGGCCCUCUACCUCGAUAGUCCCAGAGAGGUUGAUCACUGGCUCUCCAAAAUCCUGCCACACUUGAUCUCCCACGGCGUAUCAGUGAUGGCGAUAGACGAGUCUGCCGACGGGCGCCUUGUGGGCGUGGCUAUCAACAGCAUCAAGAAGCGCGGUGACCCCCCGGGACCCGACGACUUUCUGAACUGGAUUGACCCUCAGAAGGAUCCUAAGAUGUACAGGAUCAUGUCCUUCUUACAACAGCUGGCUAGUGAUAUAGAUUUCUUCGGACAAUAUGGCGUCGACAGGUUCAUGAGUUUCGAGCUCCUGAACGUGGACAAAUCCUACGGCGGUCGCGGGAUCGCCUCCAUGCUGGUGGAACAGUCGUGCAAGGUUGCUCGGGAUCAAGGUUUCACUUGCCUCGUGGUGGAGACGACAGGCAUCUUCUCGGCUAAAAUCUUUUCCCGCCACAACUUCAAGACCAUCCGGGAGGUCCAGUAUUCGUCAUACCGCCAGAACGGACUCAUCUGCUUCCCCAACACCGGCAUCCAUACCUCCGCCCGUGUCUCCGUCAGGCUUCAAGAACCCGCGAAUUCCAACUCUUAG